AUGCAACGCAUAGCACCUCCAAGGGCGCGCAUGCUCUGGGGCCAUGCACCGCGCGUCCGGUCCAUUAAUCGCCCUCGCAGGACUUUCGCUACCGUGUCCGGCGCAGAGAAUCCCUACGAUGUCAUUGUCAUCGGCGGCGGCCAUGCUGGCUGCGAAGCCUCCGCGGCAGCAGCACGUUCCGGCGCGCGAACAGCACUCAUCACCCCCUCGGUACACAAUCUGGGCGUCUGCUCGUGCAAUCCUUCAUUCGGCGGCAUCGGCAAGGGCACCAUGCUCCGCGAGAUCGACGCGCUCGACGGUGUCGUCGGACGUAUUGUUGACAAAUCGGGCGUGCAGUUUCGGGUGUUGAACAGGAAGAAGGGACCAGCGGUUUGGGGACCACGCGCGCAGAUUGACAGGAGCUUGUACAAGAGGUACAUGAAAGAAGAGAUGCUGACAUAUAAGGGUUUGAGCGUGGUGGAGGGCAGUGUUGCAGAUAUAAUUGUGGAUAAGACGGGACAGGAGGAGAGUGGGAAAUAUGGAAAGAUUACAGGCGUAAGAUUGGAGAGCGGACAAGUCAUUCCAGCUUCGCAGGUUGUGAUUACUACGGGCACGUUCCUGGGAGGAGAAAUACACAUCGGACUUGAAGCGUAUCCAUCCGGGCGCAUGGGCGAGGCUGCGACGUUUGGCUUGAGCAAGUCAUUAAGAGAAGCUGGUUUCACACUGGGAAGACUGAAGACAGGCACACCACCACGAUUGGACAAGAAAUCCAUCAACUUUGGGGUGUUGGAGUUUCAGGAGGGCGACGAUCCACCAACGCCUUUCUCCUAUCUCAACGAGCGAGUUCAGGUGGAGAAUCAGCUUCUCAACUACGAAACCCGCACCAACGAAGCGAUGCACGAGAUCAUACGGCAGAACCUCGACCAGUCCAUCCACAUCCGGGAGACCGUGAAAGGGCCUCGCUACUGCCCCUCCCUCGAAUCCAAAGUCAUACGCUUCACGGAUAAAUCAUCGCACAUAAUAUGGCUAGAGCCCGAAGGCUUCGACACCGACGUUAUAUACCCGAAUGGCAUCUCCAUGACCAUGCCCGCAGAUGUGCAAGAUGCCAUGCUCAAGACCGUCAAGGGGCUCGAGAACGUGAAGAUGCUGCAGCCAGGAUACGGCGUAGAAUACGACUACGUUGACCCGCGCAACCUACGGUCUUCGCUCGAGACCAAACGAAUUGGCGGACUCUUCCUCGCCGGGCAAAUCAACGGCACAACUGGCUACGAGGAAGCAGCCGGCCAGGGCGUCAUAGCGGGUAUCAACGCUGGUCUCGCCUCCCAGGGCAGAGCGCCAAUGGCAUUGACGCGAGCAGAUGGCUACAUCGGCAUCAUGAUUGACGACCUCAUCACCAAGGGCGUCUCAGAGCCCUAUCGCAUGUUCACCUCUCGCUCUGAAUAUCGCAUGUCUGCGCGCGCCGACAACGCAGACACACGCCUCACAGCCAUGGGGCGCGCCGCAGGCGUAGUCACUGACACGCGAUGGACAGCAUUCGAGCGCGAAGCCGAAGACAUCGCAGAACUCACAAAGUCACUUCAGGAAACGACUAUGGGCUGGAAAGCCUGGCAUGAGGCGGGCUUCAACGUUCGCAACGAUAGUACCAAGCGCUCCGCUUACGAUCUCCUUCGCAUGGCAGACACCACCUGCAGCUCACUCUCCCCUAUCCUCCCCACUAUCAAUAAUUUUUCGCACCGCGUACGAACGCGCGUCGAGAUCAACGCCACAUACGCGCCUUACGUCGCAUAUCAGACUGCUUCCCAAGCGCGCUGGCUUAAGGACGAGGGACUCAAACUCCCCGAUGAUCUAGACUAUGAUGGCAUCUUCGGGCUCUCAUUCGAGGAGAAGCAAGCCUUGAAGGUUGCAAGGCCAGAGAGCGUGGGCAUGGCGAGGCGCAUAGAAGGCGUGACGCCGACAGGGGCGUUGAGGUUGUUGCAGUUUGUGAGGGGCGCUGGCAGAGAGGAGAUGCAGCAGAGGCAGCGAGAGGCUGUUGAUGAGAGGAAAAGGGCGUUUAUGAGUGCUGCGGGGGAGGUGGCCUAG